AUGCAUAAAAAAAAAAUAAAGCCAUUCAGAAACACAAACAAUUACUAAUUUCCAAAGAGAGGAUUCAUUGUUUUAAUCUUUUAGAUUGAAUAAAUUUCAAAUUUUUAAAAAAGAAAAAAAAUAAAAAAAUAAAAUAAAAAAGAAAUAAUAAAGGUAUUUGCUUUAAUUUUAUAAAGUAAAGAAAUGAAACUUGCUUAUUUUGGAAAUAUCAUUCCACCAGUUGAUGGAAUGCAAAAGAUUUCAUCAGUAGCAUGGUCUCCUAAUUAGCAUGGGCCAAAAAAACUCGCAGUUUGCACAGCUGAAAGAGUAGUUCAUUUGUUUGAUGAGCAAGGAUAGCGUAGAGAUAAGUUUAUGACAAAACCAUCAGACAAGGGUUAAAAGUCAUAUGUUGUUAGAGCAGUAGCUUUUUCUCCAGAUAGUGAAAAGGUAGCAGUCGCAUAAUCAGAUAAUAUAGUUUUUGUCUAUAAGAUUGGCAAGGAAUGGGGUGAAAAAAAAUCUAUUUGUAAUAAAUUCCCAACUUCUUCCUCAGUAACAUGUCUUUGCUGGCCUCAUGAACGUGCAGGAGAAGUUAUUUUUGGUUUGGCUGAAGGUAAAGUCAAAUCCGGUAUCCUUCGUUCAAACAAAUCAUAAGUAAUGUAUUCAACUGAUAGUUAUGUUGUUAGCUUAGCAGCAUGUAAAGACGGAGAAAAUUUUGUAAGCGGUCACUUAGAUGGUACAAUCUACGCAUUUGGAAAAAAAAUUGUAGUUCAUCAUUCAAUCCCAUAUGCUUUAGGCUGGGGAGAACAUGUUGUCGCUGCUGGUAAUGAUGGAAAGGUUUCUUUUUACGAUGCUUAUGGCAAUCAUAUUUAACGUUUUGAUUAUACAAAUGAUGAUAAAAUAAGAGAAUUCACUAUAGCCGCAUUCAACCCAUCUGGCGACACAGUUGUUUUAGGCAACUUCAAUAGAUUUUAUAUCUAUCAUUACAACUCCAGAAGAAGUCUCUGGGAAGAAAUUGGUGUUAAAUAAAUUGAAAAUUAUUAUACUGUUACAGCUCUUGCAUGGAAAAACGAUGGUUCUAAAUUAGUAACUGGUUCUCUUUGCGGAAGUGUUGAUUGGUACAAUGCCUCAUUUAAAAUGAUUAAUUAUAAGGGAAAGUUUGAGUUGAAUUAUGUGUCUCCUUCAUAAAUUGUAGUCAAAACAUUAUCAUCUGGUAGAAAAUCUGUUGUUAGAAGUGCCUAAGGUGCUGAAAUUACCAAAAUCAACAUUUUCUAGGACCGUUUUGCAGUUGGUAAUACUUAUGAUACUAUCAUAGUAGCUGAUUUAGAAGUUGAUAAAUGCUCAGAAAUUCCAUGGAGAAAUGAUGGUAAAGAAAAGUAUGACUUUUCAAAUCCAGGAGUCUGCAUGGUUUUUAGCAGUGGAGAAUUGACUUUGAUCGAAUAUGGAAACAAUGAACCUCUUGGUAACUGCAGAACUGAGCACAUGAAAACUAAUUUAAUUUCUGCUAGAUUAAACUACCACAGUGUGAAAUAAACUAAAAUGAUUGCUUAUCUCUUAGAUUUGCAAACCAUUUACAUUUAAGAUCUCAUGAGUAACUCAAAUAUUGGUUAGAUUCUUCAUGAUUCGAAAAUUGAUUUCUUAGAACUUAACACUCAUGCUAAUAAGCUCUUGUUUAGAGACAAGAGAAGAUAACUCUACCUUUAUAAUAUCAAAACUUAAACUAAAAAUACUCUUCUCAGUUACUGUAGUUAUGCUUAGUGGGUUCCUGAAUCAGAUGUAGUUGUUGCUUAAAACAGAUAAAACCUAUGUGUUUGGUAUUCAAUUGAAAAUCCAGAUAAAGUCACAAUCUAUAACAUUAAGGGAGAAGUUGAGUCUAUUGAAAGAAAUGGAGGUAAGACUGAUGUGAUGGUAAAUGAAGGAAAUAAUGUAGUUCCUUACAGCUUAGAUGAAUCUCUUAUUAACUUUGGUUUUGCAAUUGAAUCAGGAGAUCUUGAAAAAGCAGCUACAAUUCUUGACCCAUUAGAGAUGAAUGCUGACACAGAAGCUAACUGGAAAACAUUAUCUAAGUUAGCUCUUGAAGAGUAAAAUAUUAUAGUUGCUGAGCACUGUUAUGCUUCUUUAGGUGAUAUUUGCAAGGCUUCUUAUUUAAGAAAGAUUUCUAAGCUUGCCAGAGAAAGUGAAGAAGGUAUCAAUUACUACAAGGCUCAAGCUAAGCUUGCCAUCCUCGAUAAACAAUUCCACAGAGCUGAAGCUAUUUUAUUAGAUCAUGAAGAGGUUGAAGAAGCUAUGGAAAUGUAUUAGGAACUCCAUAAAUGGGAUGAAUCAAUUAAGAUUGCUGAAAAGAAAAACCAUCCUUAGGUUAGAGAACUCAAGGAAAAUUAUUACACUUGGCUUCUAAAGACAAAGUAGGAAGCUAAGGCUGCUGAAGUUAAGGAAAAUGAAAGAGAUUUUAACAAGGCUGUCUAGCUCUACUUACAAGGUAAUCUUCCAGCUAAAGCUGCUAAUGUAGUGUUUACAUAUGAUCACUCUUUCCCUUAGGACAUUCUCGAAAAUAUUGCUGUAGCUCUCAAAAACGCAGGAAUGUAUGAAAGAGCUGGUGAAUUCUAUGAAUAAAUGGAAUAAUAUCCUAAAGCUCUCUAAAUGUACCGUGAAGGAAAUUCUUACAAAAAAGCAAUCGAUCUUGCUAAAAGAGUUCAACCAAAUUUAGUCCGUGAAUUAGAAGAGAGGUGUGGUGAUUGGUUAGUUAGCUAAAAGUAAACUGAAAGUGCUGUUAAUCAUUAUAUUGAAGCUGGAUCUUUCUAAAAGGCCAUUGAAGCUAGUAUCAAUUCAAGAUAAUGGAGCAAGGCAAUCUAACUUUUAUAACAUUAAAGUCCUGAAAUGGCUCGUCCUUUUUAUAGACAAAUUGCUAAGCAUUAUGCUGAUGUUCGUCAAUAUGAUUUUGGUGAGAAAUAUUAUUUGAAGGCUGGCUUAGCUGUUGAAGCUUUUGAAAUGUAUGCCAAGGCUUCAAAAUGGGAGCAUGCCUUACGUGUUGCUCGUGAAAAUCUCCCUGAAACUGAAAUUGUCUAAUUAUAUGUUAAAUAGGCUAUCAAAUUCUAGGAACAAAACCUCUAUAAGGAAGCUGAAAAACUCUACUGCUAAGUAGAUGAGUAUGAUCGUGCUAUUGAUAUGUAUUAAAGAAGUGAGUAGUAUGAAUCUAUGCUUCGUUUAGUAGCUAAAUAUAGACCUAAAUAAUUAAGAGAUACUCAUUUAUAAAUUGGUCAAAGAUUAUAGCGUGCUGGAAACUUGAAAUAAGCAGAACAUCACUAUAUUGAAGCUGGUGCUUGGCAUGCUGCUGUUGACAUGUAUCAAUCUAAUGGAAAUUGGGAAGAUGCUGUCAGAUGCUGCAAGCUUUAUGGAUCUGAUAAGGAAACAUGUGAACUUGCUAAAUAAUGGGCAGAAACUUUGGGUCCUGAUGCUGGUAUGAAAAUUCUUUUAAAAUACAAUUUAAUCGAUGCUGUCAUUGAAUAUCUUUGUGAUAGAAAGGAAUUCGAUGAAGCUUUUAGAAUGGCUCAAAAGGCUAUCCAUAAAAAGCCUGAUGUUCACCUCAAAUAUGCAUUUGAACUUGAAGAUAACAAAAGAUAUAAGGAAGCUGAAGAACACUUUAUUAAGGCAGGUAAACCUGAAGAAGCUAUUAAUAUGUAUGAGCAUUUGAGUGAUUUCUAAGCUGCAUUAUAGGUAGCAAAAGUACACUAAAAAUAGAGUAUAAGCAUGAUUCUUAUGAAUUAAGCUCGUACUUUCAUUGAAAAAAGAGAAUAUAAGAAGGCUGAAAACUGCUUUAUCCAGGCUAAGAAACCAGAAUUAGCAGUUAAAAUGUACAAGGAUAUUUAAAAUUGGUAAGAAGCCUUCAGAGUAGCCAAAAAGGAAGCUCCUCAUUUAGUUUCAGAACUUACUUCUUAACAUUAAUAAGUUGGUAGAGGAGGAGCUAUGACUGGUGAAGACUAUAUCUAAAAUGCUAGAGUAUCUGAAGAUAGCAGAGAUUACAACAAGGCAAUAGAUUCUUACCUCAAUGUUACUCCUGAAAAUUGUGAUGAAAAUACAGUUGUAGCAGUCUGGAAUAAAGCUAUAUAAAUUGCCUAAACUUAUGUUAAGGAAAGAUUGCAAGAAGUUGUCUUAAUUGUUGCAAAGGGAUUAUAAAAUUUAAAUAAAGCUGAUUAGGCUGCUGAUAUUUAUGAAAACUUUGGAUUCUACUAAGAAGCUUCAUAACUUUAUCUUGAAUUAAGAAAUUAUGCCAAAGCUAAAUAAUGUGCCUAAUAAGUCAAUAAUCCUAGUUUCUAGUAGAAGAUGAUAGCACGUAUCUAAUAACUUCAAAUGACUGAAUAAUAAAACACAGGAGAUACUAGAGGUAUGAUUGAAGGUGGUCAUGUUGACUAAGCUAUAGAAAUGAUGAUUUAAAAAGGAGAUUGGAGAUAGGCAUUAGACACAGCUCAAAAUCAGGGUGCAGAAAUACUAGCCAAGAUAAUGAGACGCUAUGUCAAAUUUACUAUGGAAAGUGGUAAAUUUGGUGAAACUAUUGAAGCCUAUGCUCACUACGGCAUGCAGUUGAUUCCUGAAAACUUUAAGCAUUACAUUAACCUUUGCUUAGAAAUAUUUGUUGAGUGCGAUCCUAAAGAAAUCAACAGCUUGCGUACUGCUUUAUAUAACUUUUACAAACUCUUAUAAGGCUCUAAAGUAGACUAGUCUCAAGAAGGAAGAUAAUUCUAAAGGUACUUAACCAUAGCACACUUAGCAAACCUAAAGAAUGUUUAUGAAAAGAAAAAUAUGAGUGCUCUUUAUGCUAGAACUUCAAUUUCAAUGCUUAGAUACGGAGAUCUUAUUCGUAUGGAUAAAUUGUUCUAUGAUGCAGGUGUUGCUUGCAAAAAAUAAAACUGGCUCACAUAUGCAUUCGUCAUCUUAAAUAGAUACUUAGAUAUCUUUGAAGUCAUAGAAGAUCCUAACAGUGCUGAUACUGGAGAUAACUAAGUCUUCUUAAAUACUGAUAUUCCAUCUCCUUAUUAAGUAGAACUCAUUCCUGAAAAGAACCUAGUAGACUCAAAUCAAAUUGAAGGAAUACGUAAUUGGAUUUUGGAAGUUAGUUGCAAUUCUAAAAUAGAAAAGGACUUACCUAUCCGUAGUUGUGAAAGCUGCAGAACUUAAAUAUAUGAAGGAUGCCAAACAUGUCCUAAAUGUAAAACUGAGGCUGAAGUUUGUAUCCUAACAGGAUAACCUCUUUUAAAGGGAACAUUCGUUAACUGUAGAAGUUGCGGAAAAGGAGGUCUCAAAGAAUAUUGGUCGAUGUACUUAUAAAACUUUGCAAACUGUCCUUGGUGCAAUAAUCCCCCAAAUUGA